AUGAAGUCGCAGACCGCCGAGGUCUUCAGCAGGAAGCACGCGGCCGCUCUAUCGAAAGGCAGAAACUUGCGCCAAAAGGCUGCCGAGGCGGACGAGGCCGCGGAGACAGCGAAACGCGCGACACAGGGCGCAGAGGUUGCAAAGCGAAAUCACCAGAUCCUCACCAGAAAGCUCGAGGCGGAGAAGGUCAAAAUCCGCGAGCAGCUUCUUGCCGAGCAGCAGACCACGCAUCUCCUGAGGGCUCAGCUGAAGGACUUGAAUCUGGACGUGGUUCAUUGCAAAAAGGAGUCGGUCCAGCUGGCCGAGAUGGUCUCACGGCUCGAGGCGCAGAUAGACCGGCACCGCACGCUCGAGCAGGACUUGCUGGAGCAGCUUCGGCAGGCGAGAGCUGCGAAUCAUGCCGAGGAGGUCCAGGAGCUGGCGCGAGAGAAGGAGACACUAUUGGCCGAGGUCGCUCGCACCAAUAUCGAGCGUGAUGCCUUGAAGCAGUCGCUCGAGUCGGAGCAGGCGCAACGGGCGUCUGUUGCAGAGGCGCUCGCCGAGACGCAGGCGCACUGUGCGCGGCUCGAGGCUGGCAAGGCUGAACUUGCGCGGGCUCACGAGGCUGCAAUAGUUGACGCACACG